AUGACUAUAAACAAGUCACAAGGACAAACAUUUUACAUGUUGCAUAAAAUAAAGUCCGUUUAUGUGGAUGGACUAAUGUCAUGCAUGGAUAAGACAUAUAUUUCUUCAACUUGGAGCCAGACUGGGACUGUAAGUGGCAGGCUUUCAGCCAAGCACCCAAAUAUUCAAGCCAUUCCUAAGCAACCUAUUCAGAUCCUCAAGAGUCACUGCUGUGAAGGCAGAAAAUCUGAAAUGGUUAUAAUAUAUCCCCGUAACAUGUUUAUUCCAUCUAAGGGCUACACAUUUCUUACAGCUGAUUUUUCUCAUGUGGAGUUGCGACUUCUGGCACAUUUGUCAUUGGACCCGGAGCUACUGAAAUUGUUUCAGGAUUCUGAAAUUACAGAUGUUUUCACUACUUUAUUCUCACAUUGGAGGGGAAUUCCUGAAACUCAAGUUACUCUUCAGGAACGAGAACAAGCUAAAAGAAUUACUUAUUCACUUAUUUAUGGAGCAGGUAAAGAACGUCUUUCAGGAGAGUUACAUAUCACUUCAGAAAAAGUUACCCAAUUUGUGGAAAGUUUCAUGGACAGAUUUAAAGACAUUCAGUCAUUUUCACGUAGGACCAUACAGCAGUGCAAAGCAAAAGGUUAUGUUGUUUCCAUCAUGGGUCGCAAAAGAUUACUGCCUUAUGUCACAUCACAAGACUAUUCCAUUCGCUGUAAAGCAGAGAGGCAGGCAGUCAACUUUGUUCUGCAAGGUUCAGCAGCAGACCUGUGCAAAAUUGCAAUGAUAACAGUUUCUUCUUACAUAGCAGCUAUUCCAACUCUUUGUGCCAGAAUAUUUCUUUAG